CAGGGGCGGCGGCGGUCGGGCCCCAGAGCGACCCCGCCGAGCGAGGGCUCCAGGCCAGCCCGGGGCAGUGGGGCCCUGACCCCUGUGGCCUGACCGAGCCUGCCGCGGCUGCCGCGACGACCGCGGCUGCACGUCCGGGGCCAGGAGGCUCGGCCGCGGAGCUCGGCGAGUUCGGCCCCCGGGAGCCUGGGCCACAGCGAGUGACCCGACGCGCGCCGGCUCGGCCCGGGCCUUGGCGGUUGGGUGACCCGGUCGCGCGCCCGUGUGGGGUCUCAAGAAACUGAUAAUGUUUCCUUGAAUUUGCUUCUGUGUUUGCUUCGUCAAUGUCUGUCCUAUUGAAUGUCUUAAGAGAGAUGCUGGAGUACUUUGGUGUUCCCAUAGACCAGGUUUUGCAGAUUUGGGAAAAUAAAGACUAUGGAUCAGCUCGGAGUAUUGUUCGCAUUAUUGGAAAAAUUCUUCCUCUAGAACCUUGUCCCAGGCCUAAUUUUGAGUUGAUCCCAGUCUUGAACUCUGUAGACUCUGCUAACUAUGGAUCUGUAGUUCCAUCUUUUGCUGAUAUUUUGUGUGUGGCAAACGAUGAAGAGGCCAGUUAUCUCAGAUUUCGAAAUAGUAUAUGGAAAAAUGAAGAAGAGGAAGAAGUUGAAUACCCUUUGCAACUAAUUUGGGAUCCGUUGUCACCUGCUCUAAGACAUAACAAACCAAUGAAAAGUGAUCGGCCUGUAAGUGAAGCUGCAAUUAAAAAAAUAGCUGCCCUGGAAGAUGAGCUGGCCUUUCUCCGCUCUCAGAUUGCUGCAAUUGUGGGAAUGCAGGAACUGGAAAACAGCACAGGUUCUGGCGCCUUUGACUUGAAUGAUGGGCCUAGUGGUUUGGGACAAAUGCCAUCGCCAGGGACUGCUCAACUCAGUGACCAACGAGAUCUGUCUUCAAGAUCAUUGCUCCCUUCUCCUCCUCCUCCCCCACUUCCCACUCAGCUUUCUUCUCUGCAGCUUCCGUGUUCUCCUGUGCAACCGGGAUCUGAUAAUAUUUGUGACUCAGAUAAUUCAGCAACUGAAAUGAAGAAACAGCACUCGGGUGCUUGUCAGACCAGUUACAGUCGUGGUCCAAAAAACCAGAAAAAUAAUGAUGUUCCAAACAUGCUGGAUGUUCUAAAGGAUAUGAAUAAGGUUACACUUCGUGCUGUGGAACGGUCGCCUGGAGGUAGACCCAUUCAUAAGAGGAAGAGACAGAGCUCACACUGGGAUCCCGUGUCUUUAAUAUCCCAUGCACUUAAGCAGAAAUUUGCCUUCCAAGAGGAUGAUUCCUUUGAGAAAGAAAAUAGGUCUUGGGAGGCCUCUCCAUUUUCUAGUCCGGAAACCUCAAGGUUUGGACAUCACAUUUUGCAGUCAGAAGGACAGUGAACUAAAGGAAGACCUGACAGACACGAAAGAUGCUGACCAAGGUGUGCACACUGCGAGCUGUGCCUGCACGCACAAGGCAAGUGCAGAAACAUGCUGGCAGCUCUUUCACAGCCUGUUAGGGGAGCGCAUCUCCUAUUAGUGUGGUUACAUGAAGCGUCUGCAUGGGGAUGUGCUAGGGCAGAGGUCUGAGGGAUCCUGACUCCUGACACCUGUCUCUGGUCUGGGAAGAUCCAGCGUUUACCUGGGUACUGGGGAUAGUUAGGGGCAUGGAUUUUUUUCAUGCAUGUUAACGUUAUUAAAAGCUGAAUACACACUUCGAAUGGUUUUCCUGAGAGCUGAAUAGAAAUGACUUAAUGUUUCUCAUUAGAGAACAGUAGGGUCUCACUAUUGGUGAGAAAAACCAUUUUAAUGGAUUUUAAUGGAUUAAGAAAGUAAUGUAAACUAAGUUUGUGUUGUAGUACUCAGCAAAUGAUAGUGUAUUUGGGUUUUUAAAAACAAUUUCUUAAAGCAGUUAUAUGACUUCUUAAUUUAAGAGCCUUUGAAUCUUUUAAACAUUGGUAGUGAUCUGGUUGAGUUGGCCUCCAGGAACUUGGAGAUUUUCAAAGAAUAUAAAACUGUUUUUUUUUUCUUUAGGAUAGUUGUAGUUUGAAUCAUGUAGAUUGAGCCUCCUAAACAGUCUUCCUGAGGUGACAAAGAACUAUUCUUAGAAACUGAUUUUGAUUGUUAAAUUCUAGGAGUAGAAGUAUUUAAGGAAUCUUCUUGAUGAGUUUUGCCUAUACUUUUGUGUAAAUAUUAUGCCCAUAAUUUUAUUUCCUUUGUUUCUUAUGACAUUUAUACUCUGUAUCUUUGUAAAUAAAUGUGCCUUUUGAA